AUGGCCUCUCCCGGCACUCCCCGUCCCGCAAUGACGCGUGUGGUUUCUUGUUCUCGGUCCACGGAGAAAGAUCUACCCGCUGGCGCUGUUGAUUACAAAGACCAUGGCGAGGCGGCGAUCAACAGCGCUGAUGAUGGCGGCAGCGACGCUAUUGACGCCAAAGAAGUGGCCAAGACUCUCCGCAAGAUGGACUUGAUCGUCAUGCCGAUGAUGACUAUUAUCCUGGCAUUCUGCUACAUUGACAGAACCAACAUGGGCCUUGCCAUGGUCGUUGGCAUGGGUAAAGAGUUGCAUUUUGGGACCUACGAGUACUCUAUCGCCCUGCUGGUCUUCUUUCCCGGCUAUGCCAUCGCCGCUCUGCCUAGCAACUACGUCCUCGCAAAGGUGCCGGUCAGAUACUGGCUUCCGCUCCUUUCGGUCUUGUUCGGUCUCCUCACACUUGGAUGCGGGUUCGUGCGCGAGUUUGCUGGCCUCGCCAGCGUACGCGCUUUUCUCGGCGUGUGCGAAGCCGGCGUCUACCCGACAGUGGUCAUGGUCCUCAGCUCGUGGUAUCCUCGCUACCACUUUGGGAAGCGAAUGGCCGUGGUCGGUUGCGGUGCCUCGUUGAUAUCGGCCCUGUCCGGGGUGCUCGCGUGGGCUUUUUCGCGGAUAAGUACCCCCAACUAUUCGGGCUGGAGAUGGAUCUUCAUACUCGAAGGUUCCAUCACCACUAUCUUAGCCCUCGGCGCCUUCUUCGUGCUCGAUGAGUAUCCCAGCAAGUCCAAGUUUCUCAACGCAGAACAGCGCCGUACUGCCGUCAGGAUGAUUGCGGAAGAUAGAGAAGAGCUUGAGGACCAGAAGUUGACGGUCGGUCUCGUAUUCGAAUGCCUCCAUGACUGGAAGAUCUGGAUCUUCGGAGCGGUGUACAUGUUCAGCGUGGCCGCGACGUAUGGCCUGGCUUACUUCGUUCCGCUCAUUCUGAACCAGAGGAUGGGUUACAGCGGCGCGAUCAGCCAGCUCAUGUCGACUCCGCCGUACUUCUACGCCUUCAUCCUCGCUGUGGGUCUCGCCACUGUCUCAGACCGCUGGCGUAUGAGGUCGCCCUUUGUCAUCUUUCUGCAGCUCAAUGUGGUGCUGGGUAUCACCUUGACGCGCUGGGGGCCAAACACUGGCUCCCAGUACCUGGGCCUGUUCUUUUGCAUCGGUGCAUCAAUCGUCAACGGCCCUAUGAUCGUCAUCUACGCCCAGAAUAACGCACCGACCCGUGCGAAGAGGUCCGUCAGUUCAGGGCUGCAGCUUUCCUUCGGUGCUCUAGGAGGGAUCAUCGGAUCGACAGUCUUUCGGUCCCAAGAUGCUCCCACCUAUACGCCGGGAAUCAUAGUUGUGCUUUGUUUCUCUGCAGCCAUCAUUGCCAUUUGCAGCCUCAUGAAUAUCUAUUUGAACCGGCUCAACCGGUUGCAGAAGGAAACCGGUGUGGUUCUGGAAGGUCAACGGUCGUUCCUCUACACGCCAUGA